AUGCUCAAUUUUGGAUCAACUUCUUUCAAAUAAUGAAGGAGGAAUUUAUCUUUGAUGGUAGUUUUCUCGACAAAAACUUGUGCCAAUUUUGUUUUUUGGAAAUAAUACAGGAUGAGUCUCGGGAUGAGUUAGAUGAUGUCGCACUUGAAUGGAAUAUUCAUCGCAUAAGACAAUCCAGGAAUAAUGUUGCACCUCACGGACGACCUGUACUAAUGUUUGAAUCAACCGAAAUCUAUAACACUCGCGAUUUCAAAGUUCCAGUAGCUGAAGUCAAGCGCAUAGCAUAUCAACGGGAGUGUAAAAAUCUAGAGACAGUUUGCGAUGAGGACCUCGAGGAACUUUGCAAAUUGAUAAUGGAAGAGAAAACUUUACCACCUCCUAAGGAUCCUUAUGACGCUUUAACUUUAUAUAAAAUGUUGAAAUCUGAAAUUGGUGUGCGAUUGGAUUUGUAGUAGAUGCCUUCUAAUUUCAUAUAAAUUUAGUAUAGUUUGUUGUAUAGGUAUGUAGGAUAGCUUACUCGUCCGCCAUAUUGGAGCCAAUUUUAGC